AUGACAGAAGCACCAGAUGAUUGGAUCCAGCAGUAUCAGACCAGAACUGUUCCUGUGCCACCUUCUCUGACCCUGGGGGGUGAACCCGUGCCAGUUGUGGACGCAGCAAAGGGUCUCGGGUUUAUCCUUGACAAAGACCUCUCAUUCAACGAGCAGGUCCACUCCAUGGUGACUAAGGCAUCCCGAAGACUGUACUACCUCAGACUCCUCACAAAGCAAGGCAUGAGUGUUUCCGACCUCACUCAGGUGUACCUAGCCUUGAUCAGACCGGUGCUGGAGUACGGUCACGUGCUCUUAGUUGGCUGCAGCAAACAACAGGAGCUGGCUAUUGAGAGAGUCCAACGGCGGGCUUUACGGAUCAUCUCUCUGGGUGGAAGAAGGGAGGUACCCAACCUUCCCACACUCAGUGAACGACGAGAACUGGCAGCCGUGAAGCUUCUCAAAGCCAUGCUAAACGCAGACCAUCCCCUCCAUGACUUGGUGGAGGGACUGACGAGCACGGGGAGACCCUUAAGGAAUGCGGGAGGACUCAGGGUUCCUAUGGCAAGAACCUCCAGACUGCAGAGGUCAUUUCUGCAUCAAGCCAUCAGACUCUUUAAUAAUCAAUAG